UUAAAUCAAGGAGGUAGCGUGACCCUCCCUGGGUUUGUCGCAACACGACUUAGUCUUUCAGUGUUACACCUAUUUCUGAACCACACAGUACACCUUUUUGUGGAGUAAGAUUGCAAGGAUUUACACACUCAUUCAUUUGGUUUUACAGCGACAAUUUCUUCCGUCUUCAUGUGAGUUUAGAUAUCCAUCCAAAAACAAAAGAUGAUCCAAGAGGUGAUAUCAAAUAUCUUGCAGUUCCAUGACUAUCUGCUCAAAAGAACGGAUCAUCGUGUUCGAGACUAUCCUUUGAUGCAGAGCCCCAUCCAGAUGACCCUCAUCUUAUUGGGUUACAUAUUCUUUGUUCUCUAUGCUGGGCCACGCUUUAUGGCAAACCGUAAGCCUCUUCAUCUCAAGACAGCCAUGAUUGUUUAUAACUUCAGCAUGGUGGCUUUCAAUGCCUACAUUGUAUAUGAGUUUUUGAUGUCUGGCUGGGGAACUACAUAUACCUGGAGAUGCGACAUUUGUGACUUAUCCAGCAGUCCUCAAGCCCUUAGAAUGGUUCGAGUGGCAUGGCUUUUUUACUUUUCAAAAUACAUUGAGUUAAUGGACACAGUGUUCUUUGUGUUGCGGAAGAAACAUAGCCAAAUUACAUUUCUACAUAUUUUCCAUCACUCUUUCAUGCCAUGGACCUGGUGGUGGGGCAUCACACUAACGCCUGUUGCGGGAAUGGGUUCAUUUCAUGCCAUGGUGAAUGCUGUUGUCCAUGUCACCAUGUACUUUUACUACGGAUUAUCUGCUGCCGGGCCUCAGUUCCAGAGGUUCCUUUGGUGGAAGAAAUAUAUGACUGCCAUCCAAUUAACGCAGUUUGUCCUGGUUUCUGUCCACAUAUCUCAGUACUAUUUCAUGGAAAAAUGUGACUACCAAGUCCCUGUUUUCAUCCAUCUUAUUUGGAUCUAUGGUACCUUCUUCUUCAUUCUUUUUUCCAACUUCUGGUUCCAGUCCUAUACCAAGGGCAACAGACUCCCUGUUCAGAACCAAGAAAGGCAAACAACAAAUGGUAUUAUAAGUGGUGGAGAAGCAAUUGCAUCCUCUUGUGAUAAACAACUAGAAAAUGGUUCCACACACCAAUUGAAUGGAUUUGCCCACCAAGGGAAAGUAAAAGAAGUAUAAAACUUGAAAGAAGUUACUGGACUUGAUCAAAGUUAAGUAUCAAAGUUUCCAAGAGCCCAAGUCUUUGUAUUUCUAAAUGUGUGUCAACAUGGUUCCUUUUUACAUGCACCUUAUGCACAAGAGAUGAAAUGACAAAAUUUGGCAGUUGAUUCCUGUUCUUACCUUGUAUUUAUUAACUGGUCUGGGGCUAUCUAUUGACACUGUCUUCAUCUCAUGUAUGAAUCUCACUGUUGCCAAAUGUAUGUACAGUUCCAUCAAAAAGGUUAGUUUUCAUUUAUAAUAAAAUGCACUGAAAAACUGA